AUGCGCCAACAGCCAGCCAAAGCCGCGGCCGCAAUGCUCUCACUGAUUGACACUAAUUCUGAAUGGAGUGCCGUACCGAUAACAUUCUCAGCCGAAGUCGUUGAUAGAACUCCCUCACUGUCCGAGCGUGCUCGCAUAUUCACCUUGAAGUCAUGGGCCACUUCAAUCAGAACUCCCGGAAUUCCUCGGACGUACCCCGCUUUUGAUGAAGGUCCUGCACAAAGCGGCAAAAAGGCUCAGCUGCGUGUUCUAGCUCGGUCAAUGCAGGCUGUGCUCGUGCGGGGGGAGGCUACACGGGUGCCGUAUCAAGAUGCUGUGCUCCUCUCACUGGAAUCUUCCGUCUCCUCUCAUAGCAAAUCUGGAGGGACUUGA